AUGUCCAGGCUACGACCACCCCAGCUCCGCGAAUGGGAAAAACACCACGAAACGGAACUUGACAGCACAGAAGGCACAGUGAUGGUGACCCCAGCCCGCAAUACGUCAGCUGACUUCAAUAUCACCACCGCAGAGCUGAAAAACCUGAUGCAAUUUCGAAAGAAAGAAGCGGUGAACAAAAUAAGAGAAUUAUACGGCGACGUCUUUCAAAUCUGUAAUCGUCUGAAAACAUCUCCCACAAGUGGAAUAUCUUCAUCAGAAGUGGAACUUAGGAAAUCUGUGUUUGGAAAGAACUUUAUACCCCCUAAAAAGCCCCUAACAUUCCUCGAACUGAUAUGGGAAGCACUGCAGGAUAUGACAUUAUGUAUCUUGGAAGUUGCAGCCCUGAUCUCAUUGGGACUAUCGUUUUAUCAUCCUUCAGGGGUGAAUCUUGCAGUAUGUCGUUUGGAAGAAUUUGAAGGCGAAGAAGAAGAAGGCAACACCGAGUGGAUUGAAGGUGCUGCUAUUCUUCUAUCGGUUGUUUGUGUGGUGUUCGUAACCGCUUUCAAUGACUGGAGCAAGGAAAAACAGUUCAGGGGGCUGCAGCGGCGCAUUGAAAAGGAACAAAAAGUUACUGUCGUCAGGAGUGGGGAUGUAACGCAGGUCCCAGUAGUUGACUUAGUGGUUGGGGAUGUCAUGCAGAUCAAAUACGGGGAUCUUCUACCAGCUGAUGGCCUGCUUCUCCAAGGCUACGAUUUGAAACUAGAUGAAAGCUCCCUCACCGGGGAAUCUGAUCAAGUCAAGAAGACUUUAAGACAGGAUCCAAUGUUGUUGUCAGGUACCCACGUGAUGGAGGGUUCUGGAAAAAUGGUUGUUACAGCUGUUGGUAUUAACUCACAAACUGGCAUUAUCCUCACUUUGCUUGGAGUUGGAGAGCAUGAGAAACCAAAAGAGGCCAACAAGGAUGGUUCCCCGAAGAACAAAGAAGGGAAAAACGUUGAAGAGAAGGAAACACAGGAAGCUGAGGAAAUCCCAAAAUCUACUGCGCACAAAAAAGAAAAAUCUGUCCUCCAGGGAAAACUUACCAGAUUAGCCGUGCAAAUUGGCAAAGCUGGGCUGGCAAUGUCUAUAAUCACCGUCACUGUUCUUAUAUCCUCUUUUCUCAUUCGAACAUUUGCGAUAGAGAAGCGCACUUGGGCUGUUGAGUGUACGCCUGUGUACAUACAAUAUAUAGUGAAAUUCUUUAUCAUUGGCGUGACGAUUUUGGUUGUAGCUGUGCCUGAGGGCCUCCCACUUGCGGUAACCAUCUCCCUUGCCUACUCUAUCCUGGCUCCUGAAGUAGAAGGAGGCCUGCCCCGUCAUAUUGGCAAUAAAACUGAAUGUGCUUUACUGGGCUUGCUUGUAGAAUUAAGUCUGGAUUAUGCGGCCAUGAGGACUAAGAUCCCAGAAGAAACAUUGUAUAAAGUGUAUACCUUCAAUUCUGACAGGAAAUCUAUGAGCACAGUUUUGAAAAACGCUGCUGGUGGUUAUCAGCUCUUCAGCAAAGGUGCGUCUGAAAUACUUCUUCAAAAAUGCACCAAAAUAUUGAACUCUGCUGCAGAGCGUGAGCCUUUUUCCAAAAAGGAUAGGGAAAAUGUGAUUAAAAAUGUGAUUGCCCCAAUGGCUUCUGAGGGACUCCGAACCAUCUGUAUUGCUUUCAAAGAUUUUCCGGGUGGCCCUGAUUCAAAUGAACCAGUAUGGGACGAUGAGGACAGUGUUAUUAAGGAUUUAACCUGCAUCGCAAUUGUGGGCAUUGAAGAUCCAGUCAGGCCCGAAGUUCCAGACGCAAUCAGGAAGUGUCAGAAUGCUGGCAUCGUUGUCCGUAUGGUUACUGGGGAUAAUAUUAACACAGCGCGGGCAAUCGCAGCCAAGUGUGGGAUUCUGCGGCCCGGGGAGACCUUUCUGUGUUUAGAGGGGAGUGAGUUUAAUAGAUUAAUUCGUAAUCAGAAUGGGGAGAUCAAACAAGAAUUGAUAGACAGGAUCUGGCCUACCUUAGCCGUGCUUGCAAGAUCCUCCCCAGCCGAUAAGUAUAACUUGGUGGAAGGGAUCAUCAACAGCAACAUAACAGAGCAAAGACAAGUGGUAGCAGUCACUGGGGAUGGUACUAAUGACGGGCCGGCAUUAAAAAAGGCGGAUGUUGGCUUUGCCAUGGGAAUUGCUGGAACAGAUGUAGCUAAGGAAGCUUCUGAUAUUAUUCUUACCGAUGACAAUUUUUCAAGUAUUGUCAAAGCGGUGAUGUGGGGUAGAAACGUGUAUGAUAGCAUUUCCAAAUUCCUUCAGUUUCAACUUACAGUCAAUGUAGUAGCUGUGAUCGUUGCUUUUACGGGUGCUUGUAUCACCCAGAAUUCCCCACUGAAGGCAGUUCAGAUGUUGUGGGUUAAUCUCAUUAUGGAUACCUUUGCUUCUCUUGCUUUAGCCACAGAAAAGCCAACCGAAGAGCUGCUGAAACGGAAGCCUUAUGGUAGAAAUAAGCCCCUCAUCUCCCGUAUAAUGAUGAAAAAUAUUUUCUUACAUGCCGUUUAUCAGCUUGUGGUGGUCUUUUCACUACUGUUUGUAGGAGAACAGUUAUUUGAUAUUGAAAAUGGGCGAGCCUCAACAAUGCAGUCCCCACCCACCCAACAUUACACUCUUAUAUUUAACACAUUUGUAAUGAUGCAAAUUUUUAAUGAAAUCAAUGCCCGAAAGAUUCACGGAGAACGGAAUGUUUUUUCAGGAAUAUUCAAAAACUGCAUUUUUUGCGGUGUCACGCUUGGAACCUUGAUUAUACAAGUGAUAAUCGUUCAGUUUGGAGGGAAGCCCUUUAGUUGCACGUCACUCACCCCGGAGCAGUGGCUGUGGUCCAUCUUUUUUGGCAUGGGGUCCUUGCUAUGGGGACAACUCAUCAUUUCUAUUCCUACCAGAUAUAUGUGGUUCCUGAAAGAAGUUGGAGAACAGCCGCUCAAAGAGGAGAUAACAGGACAAGAAGUAACUGAAGUGAUUGACUUUGGCGAACAGGAACUGCGUCACAGCCAAAUUUUAUGGUGCAGGGGCUUAAGCAGAAUACAGGCUCAAUGCAGAGUAGUGAAUGCCUUUCGCUACCCUGCAUAUAAAAGUCCACACUCAGCAAUGAGCAGUAAAACUAUCUGA